CGGUUGUCCUCAUUUCUUUAUCAAGCUCUCACCUGACCACUACGUUUUUCCGUUGGAUCCUCCGUUCCCGACUAGACUGUUGAAAGCUACUACGGAUCCGUCAAUAGCCAUAGUGAUUCUAUCCAAGUCUGAGAAACUGUGCUCCCGUGUUUCGUGUGAUCCAGUGUUGUGUAAAUUAAUAGCGUGCCGUUGUUGCCGCAAAUCACUGGCCAUGUCCACCGUAGACGCACAACUACAUAGCCCGAUAGAGGGCAACCAAACAGCCACCAUUCUGCAGCUGGCGAUGACCGCCUUGCGGUUAUCCAAGGCACCCAGUUCCGAUGGCAACAAUAACGUUGGCCACCAGCAGCGAGUGCGGAAGCAGAUAACGCUCAACGAGGUGUCUUAUCAUGAUUCGUACGACGACUGCUGGAUCGUGCUGUACGAUCGGGUUUACGAUAUCACGAGCUUCCUUAGAAUGCACCCUGGUGGCCACGACGUGCUAGUUGAAAAUGCGGGACGGGAUGCAACGAUAGCGUUCCUCAACGCUGGACAUUCGGCGAUGGCCCUUAAAUCACUGAAGCUCUACGAGAUCGGCGAGCUCCCGAUCAACGAAUGCAUCUACCGAUGCCCGGGAAAGCUAACCUUGGCACACCUGCCGGACUAACAUGGCGCACCUUCCAAGCGGCCUACAGUUUCGAUGCACACGUUCAACCUUUAUUGCCGGUCCGUUCUCCCCAUUUUGCCCAAUCUCUCUAGAAACUCCAUGCAUGUUCAUCCAUGUCAAUGCCGCAGGAUGUAGCACAUCAUUCUCUCAGAAGCUAUCAGUUAUUUAUAAUGAAUUUUCUUACGAUUCGUCUGUGGUAUGGUAGCAAAGCUUUAAUAUGUAUAUAUAAAGUAGUGAACAGUAUUUGAACAUGUACGGAUGGCUGUCGAUGACUCCCGUUUUCACUAUUUAAGCGCAUUACAUUCAAUCAUCAGUUGGGGAGUACCAAACAUACCAAGACUGUGAGUCCGGGCCACGGAUGGUGAUAGAAAUAAACGCAAA